CGAAUCGUUGGCGGACUAACUGAUUUAUUUUUUGAAGUUGAGAAAUAACCAAUCGAGGAAGCGAAUUUGAUUUAAAUAGAAGAGAUGGCCAAGGCAAAGCAUCAAAAGGCCAAACCCAACAAACAAUCCCAUGCUAAGAGAUUUUAGCUCACAGUGAUCCAAGGGUGUGGCCUACCCUGGGAGGAGAACGGUGAGGUUUCAGGUUCAAAUACUAGUAGAGGCAAAAGCAUCAAGUGGUUUCUUUCAUUUGCCUAAGUUUAGGUGGGCAGAGUACCUGGUACGUGUGUUGGUGGGAGGUAGCAAAUUGCCAUAAAAAAGUGUUGAGCUAACAUUGUGUGAUUCUGUCCGCUUUGGACCAAGCCUACACAGUUUUCCCCAAAAGGCCUCAGUAUUCACACCUUAUAUGUAGCUUCGCAAUCUUUGUUGUCAUACACCAAACAAAAAGAUUCUACUUCAGAUGGUGCUAAAAAACAUGGGAAGCAGGCUGAUAUUUCUGAAUUUCGAGCUCAGCUUGAUGCAUUGGGCUUAAAAAUUAUUCAAGUGACGGCAGAUGGAAAUUGUUUCUUCAGGGGAUUAGCUGAUCAAUUGGAAGGCAAUGAGGAGGAGCAUGAGAAAUAUCGGGAUAUGGUUGUAAAGUUUAUCAGGAAUAACCGUGAUACAUUUGAGCCUUUUAUUGAAGAUGAAGUACCAUUUGAUGAAUAUUGUGAGUCCAUGGAGAAGGAUGGCACUUGGGCUGGACAUAUGGAAUUACAAGCAGCUUCUCUUGUUACUCAUACUAAUAUAUGCAUUCACCAUCAUAUGUCACCUCGCUGGUACAUACAGAAUUUUGACAACCGUGAAUCUCGGAUGCUUCAUCUUUCUUAUCAUGACGGAGAGCAUUACAAUAGCGUUCGGCUGAAGGAAGAUUCUUGCAUUGGACCUGCUAGUCCGAUUAUUAUCAAGGCUGAUGCUGAUCUUUCAGCAAAAUCUCAUGAAGCUAUAGCUGCUUCCAAGUCUAAGAGAGACACUUCUGGGAAUGUUGUUCAAGUACGAUCAGUCAAAGUGGUUAUGGCUGGAAGUGGGUGUGAUGACAUAGUAAAAGUGGAACAGGUUUUACAACAGGUCAGUGGUGAUGUUGAUGCUGCAAUUGAAUAUCUAAUCGCAGAGCAAGGGUCCGAGGACCAGUUAAAUGCAAAUGAUAACAUUUCUUGUCUGGCAAGCAGUUCACAAGGGUCUCCAGGACAGCAUGAUAAAUCCUGCGAUGAACGCGAUUUUAAAUCUGAAGACCCACCUUGUGAAAAAGGUUCUACUGACUGUAGUGUCAAAGGAGCUUCUGAUAGAAAUACCACCCAGGAAGAUGAAAAGAAAAUUCCAAGAAAUAAGGCCUGUCCCUGUGGUUCAAAGAAGAAAUAUAAGUCUUGCUGUGGAUCAGUUGCUGGGAAACGUCCCACUAGCUAUGCAGUCAACCGAACAAUUGAUUAUGGCAAAGGUCGAAGAGACAAAAAGCAAGGCAAGAAAGUUCCACCUACCAAUGUUACGAGUUCAAAACAAUCUGAUGCAAGGCCACCUGACUUGGGCGCGCUUUGUAUAUAAUCAGUUUUUGAGGUACUGAUUAUUCUGCAUUCCGCUUUGGAGGUCCAUCAGAUGCUACUUAUAGUACUUUGUGAACUAAGGACUUGAUUCAUUGAAAGUGAGAGAACGUGGAGGUAAAGUAUCCAGGAGGAAUUUGAAUCUGCUGCUUAUUGAUUUGUGCGGAAUGAACGUCCAAUUCAUUUUCGGAAUACCUUGGUUUUGGAUGGUGCAAUUCGUGGGUCCAAUUUUACACUUCAACAUAUGUGGUUUUUGGUCCUAUCUCAAUGACUUAGUUCCUUUGGUUGUUUGGAGCGCGGAGUGAGAAAUGGAACAAACGGGAUCAUUUUGAAGAACAGUGGACUUACGCAGCAAAUCCAGCAUUUCCUCGAGAUAUUGAACUAAAUAAAAUAUGUGAGUAUUGGGAGCAAUUGAAUUGGUUGCCAAUAGAAAGCUUGUUGUUGCCUUAACGGCAGUUUUUUCCUCUUAGACUGGCGGUAUUAUUAGCUUUUUUAAAUGGUGUCCAUUUUUUAAUCCUUUGUUAAGUUUUGCUUUAAUGCACUGCUGUUGCGUCAGUGAAAUACGAAACUUGGAAUGUUUCCAUCGAGUCAUUGGUCUAGUUGAAGUUAUUCCUACAGAAUUUAUCUUCCGAUAUCCACCAAUAAUUCUAAGAUUUAAGUUAUAUACAUUUAAGGGGUAAAAGUUUUUUA